GACCAGCUCCAGACCCCGCCGGGGGGGCCAUGGUGGCCGCCGCUCCCGCUGCAGCCGCGGCCAUGAGGAAGAGCUUCCUGGUGCCCGAGAUCAAGCCCUUGGACCAGUAUGAUUUCUCCCGGGCGCGCAGCGCGGCCAGCCUGGCUUGGGUGCUCGCCAAGGGCUACGGGGGUGCAGAGCACGUCCCUGCUGAGCUGCGCGAACCCUUCUAUACGGACCAGUAUGAACAGGAGCACAUGAAGCCUCCUCUCAUCCGCCUGCUGCUAUCAUCCGACAUCUACUGCCGUGCCUGGCGUCAGGCCUUACCCCCGGGCCCUGAUGGCACCUCAGCCCCCAAGGAUAACGCUGCCUUGCUGCAACUUCUGGCCCGCCGUGGCUUGGUGCCCACCUUCCAAGACAAGCCUAUCAAGGAGGCUGACUUGCACCACAAGCCAAUCAGGCUGGGUGUGCACCUGGCCUUGAUUGACUCGCUGAUGACAGCAUUUGCCAUGGAAGCCACCAGCUCUUUAAGUGUCAUGCCGGGCACCGAUCUAGCUGCCAGCUCCUGGGACCAGAAGCUGCUUCACUGGAUAGACAUGGUCAUCCACAAGAUGCAGCAAAGCACGGAGCAGGAGAGCUCGCAGCGGUCCACUCCUGGUACAGACGGCCAGACCCAGGCCUACUUGAGUGGUCCCAAGUGUCCCACAAGGUGGUACUGGAAACUGGUUCCUCAUGCCAUCGCUUUUUGUUUGAAGGAGUCGGGGAAUAAGCCUCCUGUGAUCCGCUACCGGAAGGAUAAGGCCCUGCCCAAGCAGACUCCCUGUUUCCCUGCGAUCACGGGCAUGAAGGAUCUGGCCAACGGGGGUGCCAUCGCUGCCACCAUCCACUACUACUGCCCCCAGCUUCUUCGCCUAGAGGACGUGUGCCUGAAGGAGACCAUGUCGGUGGCAGACAGCCUGUACAACCUGCAGCUGAUCCAAGGCUUCUCUUCAGACUACCUGGGCAGCUGCUGUUACCUGUCACUGGAGGACCUGCUGUACAUGCCACCUGCAUUGAGGGUAAACGUUGGGGUAUUCCUGGCAGAGCUGUUCCUGUGCUUUGAGGUGCUUAAGCCAGAAUUUGUGUGCCCCAAGGAGCUGUCCGGUCUCCAAGAUUCCCCUGGAGUGAAUGACUCUUUGACGCCCAACAGUGGGAACAACAACAGCAGCUCCCCAGUCUUCAGUUUCCGCCAUCCGCUGCUGCCUGGAGGUCAGGCACAGUCCCCGCUCUGCGGCUCCUUAGGUUCCCUGCACCACUCCACAUCCAUGUCCCAUGUAGAAGGCUUUAGUAAAUCAUGGAGCAAGAAGCAGCUCAGCCACCCGUUGUCCCAAGCAGUCUCCUUCAGCAUUCCCUUUGGCCUAGACAGCGAUGUGGACAUUGUGAUGGGCAACCCAGUGGGCAUCCUCCGCUCUGUUAGUUCCGACAGCCUGGCACCUGCCCUCUAUUCCUCCUUGCCCCGCUCCCCCCGACCACGGCCCAGUGAUGUGGCCGAGGUCCCCAAUGGGCUAGUGACCCCGUCACUUCAUGGAGCAGGGCACAAGGGCCAAGAAGGCCUGGCCGUGGAGAACGGGCUGAGUGACGGCUACCCUGACCUGCCCACCAUCGAGGAGGCGCUGCAGAUCAUUCACAGCAGCGAGCGGCUCCUCCCUGAGGGAGCACCGGAUGGCUUUUACCUGCACUCUCCAGAGCCACCCAAAGCCUCUGUCCCAGAAAAGGUACCCAUGUCCGCAGUUUACCGCUGCCACAAUGGGCCUCCAAACGGCGCGGAGCCAGCCCAGGAUGGCAGCUUGGACUCUGACGCUGAGGAGCCAUCCCGGCCAGCGGGUGGCCCAGAUGAUUCCACCUCGUGUGUGAGCUCGUUGAGCUCGCAGCCCGACAGUACAGCUUCGUCCGCCUCUGGUGUGCGCAUGACCAGUUUUGCAGAGCGCAAGAAGAAGUUGGCGGCCACUGACAGCAAGUCCAGUGGCAUCAGCUCCGAGGGCUCCGAGGCCGGGCCCGUGCCUGCAGACGAAAGCCCUGCCCAGAGUCCUGCCCUCAGUUCGGAGAUGAGCCAGUUGGGUGCCAGGCUGGAGGAGAAGCGGCGUGCCAUUGAGGCCCAGAAGAAACGCAUAGAGGCCAUCUUUGCCCGGCACCGCCAGCGCUUGGGCAAGAGUGCCUUCCUGCAGCUACAGAAAGGGCCUGAAUCCCAGUCAGAGGAUGGUCGGCUUGGUCUGGAGGAACGGCUCGCCCAGCUGGAGGCUGAGGAAGAGGCCGGGAGUCCCCGUUCUCGUCUGGAUAACAAGCAGGUGACCUUCUCCCCAGAUAUCACCAAGGGAGCACUCGACGAAAACCUGGGUGACUACAACCGGGCAGUGGCCAAGCUGAACACUGCCCUGAGCUCACUGCAGUUGGACAUGCAGCGCCUCAGCGAACAGCAACAGCGCCUCAUGCAGGAGAAGAAGCCCAGUGCACAAGCCUGGGUGAUCCCUGCCCCGAGGACCAGCCGAGAGGGGGCUCCUCCCCGCUCUUCAGUGGAGCUGUCCUCCCCUUCACCAUCGCCAUCCCCUUCUCGCAAGUCUCGAUCACCUCAGCCCACCCCCAAGAAGUCUCCAGCGCCAGCUCCUCCAAAGAGCCCCAAGCACACACGGCCGGUUGAACUGAAGCUGCCGCCCCUCACACGCGUCCUGACACCUCCUCACAACGUGGACACCCUGCCACACCUCCGCAAAUUCUCACCAAGCCAGGUGCCUGUGCAGACCCGUUCCUCCCUCCAUUUUGCUGAGGACCAGGAGCCACCAGUGCCAGAAGUGGAAGCCCAGGGUAAUUUGAGGCCUGUGGCAUCUGUCCCUCCACAAGGGGGCAAUGGCCGUGUCUCAGGGGAUGGCACCAGUGACGUUUCCUCGCCCAGUGACCGGCGCAGCAGCCUGAUUGAAAUCCCUCUGUCUAGCCUGAAGGGGGAGGAGGAAGAUGUGGAUGGUGAUGAUUCGCUGGAGGAAUCCAUCACUGAGGCCCUGGAUACGGAGCCCCGUGCUGGCCUGGGCUUCUUUUUCAAGGAUGAAGAGAAAGCUGAGGAAGAGAUGGCACAGAAGCGUGCCAAGGUCCUAGAGAGGCAGCAGAGGCGCAGUGAGGAGGCACGGCGCAGGAAGCAGUGGCAAGAGGCUGAGAAGGAGCAGAAGAAAGAGGAGGCGGCCAGGCUGCAGGCAGAGGAGCGGCCCCGGCAGGAGGAGGAAGUGGGGCCAAGGCGUGGGGACUUCACCCGCCAGGAGUACCUGAGGCGCCAUCAGCUCAAGCUGAUGGAGGACCUGGACAAGGUGCUGCGGCAGAAGCCCACCACCGUGCGUGCCCUGAAGAAGGGGCGGCCCAAGACGGUCUUCUGUGACGACUCUGCCCUCGCCCGCAGCCCCGUCAAAGGGCUCCUAGGCUCCAAGCUGAGCAAGGUGUACUCCCAGUCAACGCUCUCUCUCUCAACGGUGGCCAAUGACCCUGCCAAUACACUCUCCAUCAAGAGAUCCUCUCGAGCUGCAUCUCCUUCUGGGGCAAUGUCCCCCAGCCGGUUCCUGCCGAACCAGAACCGGGAGCGCGACUGGGAGAACGCGUCGACUGCUUCCUCGCCUGCUUCCAUCCCAGAGUACACUGGGCCCAAGCUGUACAAGGAGCCCAGUGCUAAGUCCAACAAGUACAUCAUCCACAAUGCACUAUCACACUGUUGCCUUGCUGGCAAAGUCAACGAGCCCCAGAAAAACCGCAUCCUAGAGGAAGUUGAGAAGAGCAAAGCCAACCACUUCCUCAUCCUCUUCCGCGAUUCAAGUUGCCAGUUUCGGGCACUCUACACGCUUUCAGGGGAGACGGACGAACUGACACGCCUAGCUGGCUACGGGCCCCGCACCAUCACCAUGCCCAUGAUCGAAGGCAUCUACAAGUACAGCUCGGAUCGCAAGCGCUUCACUCAGAUUCCUAGCAAGACCAUGUCCAUGAGCGUCGAUGCCUUCACCAUCCAGGGCCAUCUCUGGCAGACCAAGAAGCCGGGCACACCCAAGAAGCCGGGCACACCGAAAUAACCGGGACUUGAAAAGCUCCAUGUCAACUCCCUGCCUGGACUUUGGGACUUUACAGGCGGCUUUCCAUAAUAGGUGGCUUGAGUAGG